GCCAGGCAGUUGAUAGAGGAGGGCAGUGUCAUCAAGGUCAUUAUAGACACUGUAAUGGAUAUGAUGGGGGCACAUCUGGACAGCAACAACCGCUUCCAAUUCCAGGGCCACAACCCUGACAAGUUCUUCCGGGUUCAAGUUAUCUUCCAUGACCUCAGGUACAUUCUAAUCAGUAAGCCCUCUGUGUGGACUGAGACGUUGAGGGUGAAGUUCCUCGAAGGUUUACGUGUCUUUCUUCGCUUCUUAUGUUGUAUGCAGGGGAUGGAGGAGGUGAAGAGGCAGCUUGGUCAGCAUGUUGAGGUGGAGCCCGAGUGGGAGGCGGGAUUUACCCUCCAGAUGCAGCUGCGCCACAUUCUCGCCAUGUUUCAGGACUGGUGUUCUUCUGAC